GUGCCCAACUCAGACUUCCCCUGGAGAAUGUCUGAGCAUGUGUUUUUAUUUACCCUGAUUCUCUCUGGACUGCUGAGUGCCCCAGUGUCCGUAGUCAGGGCAACCUCGACUUCCUGACGGCCCUGCUGGUCUCACUUCCUGAACAGAAUCUGGCUAUGGCUCGGAUCCUCCUUCUUUUGCUGUCGGCAGCAUGUCUGCACACUGGGAACUCAGCAGGAUAUCAAAAAAAGUAUGACUAUGCUGUUGACCAACCAGCUGUCCUCUCUGGAGUCCAGGGUGGCUCCAUCGAGAUCCCCUUCUCUUUCUACUUCCCCUGGGAGUUGGCCAAUGAUCGGCCGAUGAGCAUAGCCUGGAGAUGGAAGCACUUCCAUGGGGAAUUCAUCUACAACUCGACCCAGCCUUUCAUUCAUGAGCAUUUUAAGGGCCGGCUCAUCAUGAAUUGGACACAGGGUCAGACAUCUGGAGUCCUCAGAAUCCUGAACUUGAAGGAGAAUGACCAGGCCACAUACUUCAGCCGAGUUUUUCUGCAAACAACAGAAGGCAUGAAGUUGUGGCAGUCAAUCCCUGGCACUCAACUCAUCAUUCAUGCUUUCAGUACUACCCUGGGGAGCCCCUCCAUCAUCCCCUCUGCAGUUCCCACAACUGGCCUGGAGGACACAAGGGGCCAGAGGAAUCCUUCACUGCUGAACUUGGGAGCCAUGGUUGGGAUGGUUGUGUCCAAAGUUGUGGUCAUCAUCCCCCUCUAUGGAUGGGUGAUCUUCCUGUGGUCGAAGCAAAGGCCAGCAGAGGAAAGACUAAACCCUAGUAAGGCUCCCCAGUGCUAGAAUCUCUCACCAAGGAGGCAAGUUUACAUCAAAGUAGUUGUUGGUGAUUACACACCCUGCAUCCCACAGCCUUCCAUGUCUUCUCGCUGGGAGUCAGAGAUCAUGGCUGCAGGAUUCUCUUGUGAAAAUCAUUCUUGGAUAACCUCCAGUUUUGCCAUGGGGGCUCGGAUACCUUCUCCUGGAACCAAGGUCCUCCUGUGUGUCUCUGGGCCUGAGAGCCUGACUGUGCUGUUGUCUCCAUGCUCAUGGAGUUAUUGACACUGUUAAUAAAUAUCUUACUCCCAUCAAUCCAUCUCAGUUUCUCUCCUGAGCACCCAUCCCUUCCCCUUCCUGACACUUCUUAGAUAGUGUAUACUGUGUCUAGGGUGUAGGUCACUGGAAUAGACGUAAGGGCCAUUGUCUUCAUUGAAACCCACAGCCUGAGAAUCAGAGUUCUCCUCUUCCUUACUCUCUGGAUGCUGACAUCUCAUUUAGAGCCCAACCCCCACCCCACAUGCUUCACAUCAAAUGUCAGAGCGUGGCUUGCUUGAGUCCCAUGUUUAGCUUUCUUUACUCACAAGUCCAACUGUAUGCACUCACUUUCUCAUUUCCUGCCAUGCUGACAUUCUGCCCUUUGGGUUCUCUCCUAAAAUGGGAAAUUUGAUUCAAGUCCAGUCUGCCGUAAGAUUUGAGAGUCAGCAGGUCACCUUAUAAUAAAAAUUUGUGGGUACAGAGGAAACCAUCCAGAGUGACCCAGAAUGAAUGAAACCAUACUUCUCAUGGGAGAAGAAUUUUAUGGUCAUGCUCCAUAGAGAUCUACCAACGAUAGUGAGCCAUAAAUGAAGAGGUAUGGAUACAGCUCCAGUUCUCCAAUCACAAGCAUCAAAUGAAUAUCAUUCAUGGGCCUUUUCUUGGUCAUUUGGAAGCUGUUCCCAAUGCCAUGAG